GGGCUCAUUUGCAUAGCCGAGGAGCGUCAGGGCUGCUCAGUGAACGAGAACUUGGCGUCUCACUUGAGCUUGUCUUUGGCUGACCGUCCACCUUUUCGACUUAGGAGAAGAUUCCACACGGAGAGAAAAAAAAAAACAAAAACAAAAAAAAAAACGGCGCUGACUGGGAGUUUCCUUUUCAAACUUGGAGUUCGUCGCUCCGGGCUGAUUUGCUGGAUUUACAGUGCUCUUCAAACACAUUAGUGUUUGAUUUUCAUUGAAUUUCGGGUGGGUGGGCCGGUACACCUGUCGUUGCAACAAUGGAAAGCCACUUGCUGACAUUGUUGCUCAUGUGUUUGCUUCCGAGAACUUUGAAUGCACAGGCUGCUGCGCCUCAGGGAGUUCUUAACUGCUGCGAGGGGGACGUCCUUUUCCUGUUGGAUUCCUCUGGUAGCGUGUCGUCCUAUGAGCACUCCCGCAUGCUCGACUUCCUGUCAGAGCUCCUCCUGCCAUUUUCUUUGGGAGAGGAUCAGGUGAGGAUUGGACUUCUACAGGUGGGCACCAAACCACGCCUUGAGUUCGGCUUUGAUACGUACCGCACUCAAAGUGGCCUGCAGGCGGCUUUGAAGGGCACCAAAGCCCUCAGGGGGGACACCAACACCGUAGAGGCGCUGAAGAUCGCAAAGGACGGAGUGCUGAGACCAGGACCUGGGGACGGGGCCCGUCCGGGAAUCCCCAGGGUGCUGGUGUGGCUGACGGACGGCGUGAAACCGGGGGAUGUGAUUGGCCCAAUGGCUGAGCUGAGGGAGGAAGGUGUGGCCGUGCUGGUGGUCUCCACUGGCCAUAGUAACUAUCAGGUGUUGAGGCAAGUUGUGUCGCCACCAAUUGAGAACCACCUGUACUUUGUGGACAUUGAUGACAUGAGCAUCAUCUUAGAGGAUCUGCGGGAAGCCAUCAUCGAGAUAAUCCGUGCUGAGCGCAUCAAUGUCCGGGACGUGUCCUCCAAUGCCGCCACGCUCGAGUGGCGACCUGUUCUGUCCGGUUUGACGGGCUACUACGAGAUCCGCUUCGGUCCGCUACUAUCAGGCGGAACGGGAAGCGGAGGAAGCGGCACCGGGACCAGUCCGAGCACUGGCGGUAGUCAGUACCAGAGACUGGUCCAGUCGUCAGACGCCAACGCUGUCAGGCUAACAGGCCUGACGCCUGACACCACCUAUAGUGCCACUUUGACACCGGAGUCCAAUGAACAAGCUUUUAACACUCUGUCGGUCACCUUCACGACACAAUCAGAGGUACAGAGUCCUUCCACGGUCACGGUCUCGGAGUCGGGGCCGACCAGUGUUCGGGUGAGCUGGGGUCCUCUCCAGCCGGAGGCCGUUACAAGUUACUACGUAGAAUACUCUGCACUGCCCACUGGAAAGCUGCAAACGGUCACAGUGGACAAAAGGCAAAACUCCACGCUCCUCAAGAACCUCCAAGCAGAUACCACCUAUUUGGUCACCGUUAGCGCUCGGCAUUCAUCGGGCAAGGAGACGGCAAUGUCGGUCAAAGUCUGCACGCAGGAAGUGACUCCAGCGCUGGCUGACCUGCAGCUGACCACAGUGGACAGCCACUCUGUGCAGGUGAACUGGAGAGGCAGCUUUGAUGGUUUGAAGGGCUACUGGCUCACUUGGGGAAGACAACAGCGGUCUUCUUUCUACUUGCCGCCCAAUUCUCAGUCUACGCGACUCACCAACCUCCCUCCUUCGGCAAGGGUGUGCGUGUCACCCAUCUAUAAGACAGCACGGGGAGAGGGACUCUGCUGCACGGUAAAAUUUGCCUCGGAUGCAUCAACGUACGGCUACCAAUCAUAGCACCACCAAAACAGCGAGUGUUCCUAACCAAACAUGGAGGCUCACGGCAAGAAGAGCGAUGUUGACUUUUCAUCCAUUUCCUCCCCCCCACCCCUGUACUUCUCCUCGCUCUGUGGAUAUCAUGCAGGAAUGAUGUGUAGCUUGGUGUACAGAGCACUCGUGUGGAAACCAUAGACACUAAGGAGUGGGCCGGUACAAUGUAUGCGCAUGCCGUCUGCCAAAAUUAGGAACACAAAAGGACUAUUUGGGUUUAUAUUUCUAUUAACUUUCCCCGUUUAAAUGUAUAGACUCUGUUCAACGGGAUGUUUAUUGCUGAAGUUUUAAUGCUGCCCCUAUCAGAUGAACUAUUACAAACAUAUCAAUUCAAAGAUACAUGGUUAUUUAAUAGCAUCGAUCAUUUUUUUCGAAUGCAAAAAUGAGUGCAUAGCUUUUUGUAUCAGAGGCCCAUUGGAUUCUGUUAAAUUAUGGAUUUUAAAUAAUGUAAUGUUUUCCUUUUUACUGGGAAUACAUACGGUAAUAGAUGUGGCUUGUUUUGGAGAAUGUUUAGCACCAUCGGAGGACAACAUGCACUAAGCAGUUGAUUUUUUAUUUUUUUUUAUACACCAAAAGAGAAAAGUGAACAUCUGGUCCUUCCUUGUAAUAAGUACUAAUAAGCAUUAUGUUUGGUAAUUUUGGGAUCGUAACAAACUGAUCUGUAAUAACCAUUCAGUUAAAAAGUCAUGUUCAUGACCAAAAAAAUAUAUACUACAAAUGUCUGAAGAAGUGUUCAGAUUCCAUCAUUCAUAUUUAUUCACCCCAGAUACCCGGGAGGCUGGGAUUAUAAUUAACAACAUUAAUAGCGUAUACAGUAGUUUGUUUUUUACGUUUGAAGGCUGUUACUGAGUUAGUCUUUGCUGCCAUCUACUGUCACCAACCGCGGCAGUUUCCUUUCAAUGUUAAAAGCUCGAUGUCCUCAAAGAGAAUUUUGUUGCUGUUGACCUGCCCCACUUUAUAACAUCAGCUUGCAAUAAAUUCAUUUAACAGUUUUGGUAACAUUA